AUGUGCACACUUUCCCACACUGGUCAGAGGGUAUAUGCUGCUAUGAUGGUCCUCGCCGCUGGUAUUAUAUUGGGGUCAUGGUGGGCCAACCUGCGGGAGAAUGCGGUGGAGUCGGAUGCGCGGAACCCCCCGAAUCCUGAUGAGGUCUCGCGUGAGGAAAUAUUGCGGUGGACCAAUGCAACUGCGCGUCGGAUCGCUGAUGAUUUUACUCGUGGCCCUCUCCAGUCGUCUAGGGCGUUGCUGAGAACGCUGCAAUCUGAUACGUUUGAUAUUCCCACUGCGCUCGCUUCUAUGAUCGGCACGUCGCGACUGCAAAAAGUUGCGCCUGAAGUACAGCGGAUCGGCUUGGGACUUGGCCUGUUGUACGAGGUCACCUCGCUGUCCUCUAAUGAGACGAAAGCUACUGUGAUGCCUACUAUGUUCGGAAUAGAAAGCAUGGAGUCAGCAGAAGCACAACUCCAUGUUGAAACCUUAGCACGGUGGGCGUGGGGCAUCGUCCUUUCCCGUACUGGUGUGGCGCGAGUAAGGGAGGCCACUGGUGCUGAACGUGAUUUAGUAUUGCUGUUGCCGGGUGUGUCACUGGUGAACACUGCGAUGGACGAUUGGAACUUACAAAAUCCUGAGUGUGACCAUCAGGCUUGUUCGGUUCGAGCUCGACGGACGAUACGCAAGGGUGAAGAGCUGACGAUGGACUACGGUUUAAAGAGUAACUUGCAGUUCUUGAUUUUCGGUGGCUUCACCAUCCAAGGCAAUGAGCUCGGGUAUCCGAUGCGUAUGAACUUGACAGCGAAGAUGGGCAAGGACAUGCCCUCAGAGUGUGAGGCUCCUUUCGUGAUUGGCCUGGAUUCUGAUUGGCAUCGAAUGUUGAAGUGCAGCCGGUUUGCAGUGUCCGAAAGUGAAGAGCAGUCGUGGGACUCUGGUGAAUUGGAACAUCCCCCCUCGGAACUGAGUUCACAAGAGGAACAGGCUCUCGGAACGAUUAUCUCGAAUCUUCAAGAAAGAGUGGAGGAGAUCACCCGGAGUCUUGCCUCGGUGGACAUUCCUGCAAUGGAAGCCGACAAUGACCCCCUCAGUGCUAAGCUAGUCGGUGUCGUUCGACAGGAGUUGAAUGCUGCUAUCGCGUGGCGCGAAAAGGCGGAGGCUCUGAUGCUCAGCGCGAGGCGCCAUUGA